GAAAGAACCGGUAAAGAUAUGACAUUGUUGAAUCGAUAAAGAAAUUCAUAGAAGCUCAAGAACAAUAACCCCUCCUAAAACCCUAGCGCGAAGAAGAUCGAGAUGCAACGAUCUCUCGCCAGAAGUGUUUAUCUCUGUUCGCGCAGUUUGUUAACACCGAACCCUUACCCCGCUACCUCUUCAUUUUGGCCCAUCUAUAGGCGUUUCACAUCCAAAAGCCCUAAUCAACCUCCUGCUGAAUCAAAUUCGGGUCAUACCAAUGACAAUAACCUUCAAGACGAAGAUGAUAUCAGCAAUAAGGCGUUGAAAAAGCAGAUAGAUAGAUUCUUUGAAGGAGACGAAGAAGCAUUCCCAUCAAUAUUUGAAGCCAUAUUGAAAAGGAAGUUGACUGGAAAAAGUGAGGAAUCAGAUGAGGAAUGAAUGAAUGAACUUCAAGCCCAGCCUAGACAGCAUGAUGUUGUUGAUAAGGAGUCCGACUCCAAUUGAGUUGAAGCGCAGAGUAUCAAGUUUUUGUAUAUUCAUGAUUCCGUCAUUGUAAUUGCAUAAACUCUAGAUGGCCUAAUACCUUUGAAUAGGGGUGGACAUAGUUUGGGCAAACCCGAAAUUCAAAUUCAAAUCCGAACUUUUUGGAUUUUUGAUUUGGAUUUUCGAAUUGCGGAUUGGAUUUUGGA